AUGCUAGCGUCUCCGAGGCGGAGGACAGGUACAGUGUCGUCGGAAUCGCCAAAUGCUAAGGAAUUGGAAGAGUCCGCUGUCUUCGCUAGUCUCUCGGCAAAUUGUGUUGCACCCAGACGGCCCGAAAGAGAUUUAGAGCUUGAUCCACUAACAGUAGAAGUGGCAGGUCUACCCAAAGCACCGCGCGAUGUUAGCGACGUAAACGGACCUCGAAAUCGGCUCGAUUUUUCGCUUUCCAGGCCGUUAUGGCUAAACAAAGAAGAACGCUUGCCAGAGCUACCAAUGACGUUGGAUGUGGACUGGAGGCCACUGGAAAUUGUUGCGCUUGGGAUUUCAACUUCAGGACUAUGA